GAGCUGCUGCUCUGCAGCAACGCCAGCUGCUGCAGGUGUUUCUGUGUGGAGUGUCUGGAGGUGCUGGUGGGGCGAGGGACAUCGGCCAAGGCAAAGGAGCAGGAGCCCUGGAACUGCUACAUGUGCCAGCCCCAGAGGAGCUACGGGGUGCUGCAGCGCCGGCAGGACUGGAACACCCGCCUGCAGGACUUCUUCACCAGUGACAAGGGACAGGAAUACGCUGCGCCCAAAAUCUACCCAACGGUCCCACCAGCCAACAGGAGACCUAUUCGAGUGCUCUCUUUAUUCGAUGGCAUAGCAACAGGGUACCUGGUGCUGAAGGACUUGGGCAUCCAAGUGGAGAAGUACAUCGCCUCGGAGAUCUGCGAAGACCCCAUUGCCGUGGGCACCAUGCGGCACGAGGGCAACAUCACCUACGUGCACGACGUCAGGAACAUAACCAAGAGAAACAUCGAGGAGUGGGGACCUUUUGACCUGGUGAUCGGUGGAAGCCCCUGUAACGACCUCUCCCUUGUCAGUCCGGCCAGGAAGGGGCUGUAUGAAGGAACCGGGAGGCUGUUCUUUGAGUUUUACCACCUGCUCAACUACGCCCGUCCCAAGGCGGGAGAGGAGCGUCCCUUCUUCUGGAUGUUCGAGAACAUGGUGGCCAUGAGGGUCAACGACAAGAGGGACAUUUCUCGGUUUCUGGAGUGUAACCCCGUUAUGAUCGAUGCCAUCAAGAUAUCAGCUGCCCACCGAGCACGCUACUUCUGGGGCAACCUUCCAGGGAUGAACAGGAUCUUCGGGUUCCCCCUCCACUACACGGACGUCUCCAACAUCAGCCGCGGGGCUCGCCAGAAGCUGCUGGGGCGGUCGUGGAGCGUCCCCGUCAUCCAGCACCUCUUUUCCCCGCUCAAGGAUUACUUCGCCUGUGAAUAG